AUGGUGGGCAAGCCAAACUCGGAAACGGUGAAAGAGAAGAAGGUCGAACAGGCCCCGCCGGUGCUUCAGAUCCGCCACCGCGACCUCGAGCUGCCAGGUGCUGUGGCAAUCCUGCUUGAGAACUACUUCACCGUGGAGGAGUGCGAGAGAUACUUCAAGGUGCUCACCACGGAGAUCGACUGGCGAAAUCAGCAGAUCACCGUGACAAGUCAAGACAACGGCGAGCGAGUGACCGGGGAUGAGCCGCGCCGAACGCUUUUCAUGUCCGAUCCAGGCAUCUGCUACGAGUACUCUGGGCGAGAAAAUGUCGGGCAGCGGUGGCAUCCUGCUGUGUUGGAGAUCAAGAAGAAGGCAGAGGCGGCUCUGGCGGAGUGCGGCUUGCCGGAGGUAGUGUUCAACUCGGCGCAGAUGAAUCGAUACGACUUUCCUCGCCAUACGCUCGGCAUGCAUGCGGACAAUGAGCCGGACCUGGACAGGGACUCUCCGAUCGUUUCGGUCAGCUUUGGCGCGACACGAGAUUUCGUCAUUCAGGACAAGGGCGACGAGAAGCUGAAGUGGGUGGUCUCCCUGGCUGAUGGCUCCUGGUUCGUCAUGGGUGGUGCCAUGCAGCAACGAUAUCUUCAUGGUGUGCCGCACGGUAGCAUGCCGGGCACCAGGAUCAACCUGACAUUUCGAGUCUGCAUUCCGCGGACUCCGGGCCCUGCGUGA